CUCUCUCUACUACUUCCAAUAGUCAGAACUUCAAUAUUUGUGUAUUUGCUAUGAGAAAUAGGUUUGAGAUAUAAAUUUUGCGAUCAAAAGUUUCAAAACUGUGUGUUUUUGUUUCAAUGGGUAACGGCUGUGGAAAGCUUGGUGUUUGUUUCAGUGGAGGUAAUGGGAAAAAUGAAGUGAUAAUAACUCCAGAACCAUAUGAUGAAGGAUUGGGUCAUUCAUUUUGUUAUGUAAGACCAACAAAUCCAUGUUCAAAAAUCCAUUCAUCAGAAGAAGAAUCAACAAUAUUUAGAUCAAUAUCAGGUGCAUCAGUAAGUGCUAACACAUCUACACCUCUUUCUACAUCUUUUAUUGAUCUAUAUUCAUAUAAUAAUUUUAUUGAUAGAGCUUCAGUUUUUGAAAGUUCCAAUUCUUUUACCUCAAUUCCAUUACAACCAAUUCCAAAAUAUUUUCUAAAUUCUAUGGAAAGAGGAAAUUCUUGUUCUUCUGGUCCUCUUGAUAAAGGGUUUUUCUCCGGUCCAUUAGAACGUGGGUUCAUGUCUGGCCCCCUUGAAAGAGGUGUAUUUUCAGGUCCUAUAGAAAAAAAGUUGUCUGAUCAAUUUCAAAGAAAUUUUUCUUCUUAUGAACCCAAGAAAUUGAAUAAAGGGUGUUUUGUUAAGAAUCUGAAAAGAGCUAUUUCUAAGAGAAUUUCUGGUUCUCGAAGCCGAAAACCGGUUGUUGCUCCUGUCGAUAAAGGGGUUGUUUCUGUUAAAGAAUUGGAUUGGAUUGUUGGGUCUGAAAGAAAUGUUAUGAUUAAUGAACUCACUAUAAGUAGUACUACAAAUUUAAGUAGUGAUUAUAGUUUGGAUUCUAAUGAAUCAUAUGAAAGUCAGAAUGUUCAAUGGGCACAAGGCAAAGCUGGUGAAGAUAGAAUCCAACUUGUGAUUUCUGAAGAGCAUGGAUGGGUUUUUGUUGGUAUUUAUGAUGGAUUUAAUGGUCCUGAUGCUACCGACUAUCUUCUGACUAAUUUGUACCCUGCUGUUCAUAAAGAACUCAAGGGACUUUUAUGGGAAGACAAUUUGGAAGAGGAAUCAGAUGCUGCUGAUUUGAGUAAUGAACAAGUGGGUUCGUUUCAAGUUGAUGAAUUAGAAAGAACUAGUGAGAGACUUGAGAGUUGUUCUCAGUGUGUAGACGGCCCAGAGAAGCAUCCAUCCAGAUUGGAAGAGGCUUAUUUUCAUUCGAAGUUAGGAAGGGGUAAGAAUUCAAAGAGAAAACUUCGAGGGGCAUUGAAAAAUGAGGAAAUUCAGAGAAGGUGGAAAUGUGAAUGGGAUAGGGAGAGAAUGGAAUUAGAUAGGAAGUUGAAGGAAGGUUUGAAUAGGCCUAGUUCAGAAGGGAUGAAAAAUGUUAAUCAUCCCGAUGUAUUGAAAGCUCUUUCGAGAGCCUUGAAAGAAACAGAAGAAGCUUACUUGGAUAUUGCAGAUAAGAUGUUUAUGAAGAACCCUGAAUUAGCUCUUAUGGGUUCUUGUUUAUUGGUAAUGCUGAUGAAGGGCGAGGAUGUUUAUUUGAUGAAUGUUGGAGAUAGUCGUGCUGUUUUAGCUAAUAAACCCGAGCCCGAUAUUGGGCUAGGGAAAACUUGCAGUGAUCUGGAUCAAAUCAAGGAGGAAACUCAACUUGAUCUUCAAUCCUGCGACGAGGAUCAGUAUGGUGCAUUACCGGCAUUAACUGCUCAUCAGCUUACGACAGAUCAUAGCACUUCCGAAACAGAGGAGGUUCAGAGAAUAAAAAACGAACAUCCGGAUGAUUCAUGUGCAAUUGUAAAUGAUCGUGUCAAAGGCUCAUUGAAGGUUACUCGAGCUUUCGGUGCUGGCUUUCUCAAACAGCCCAAGUGGAACAAUGCACUUCUUCAAGUGUUCAGAAUUGAUUUUGUAGGCACUUCUCCAUACAUCAACUGUUUGCCGUCUCUCUACCAUCAUAGACUAGGCCAUAGAGACAGAUUUUUGAUAUUAUCUUCAGAUGGUCUUUAUCAAUACUUCACCAAUGAAGAAGCAGUCUCUGAAGUUGAGUCGUUCAUUGCUUCAUCUCCUGAAGGAGAUCCUGCACAACAUCUAAUUGAAGAAGUAAUGUUUCGUGCAGCAAGAAGAGCUGGUUUGGACUUUCAUGAGUUGCUUGAAAUACCACAAGGGGAUCGUAGACGAUACCAUGAUGAUGUUUCUGUCAUCGUCAUUUCUUUUGAAGGAAGGAUAUGGAGAUCUUGUGCGUAACUAUGCACAUUCAUAUACUAAAGUAUAUCUAUGUAUAAGGAGAGAGAUAUAAGCUCAGACAAAUCAAGUCUGAGCACAUUUUUGCUUGUAAAUGUCCAAUUUAACAUUUAUAUCAUACUGGCGAAGCUCUGGUGGCAAGACUGAUGGUUGUCAGUUACAUGAAACGAUCAUGCAGCAGAUUUUGGGAAUUGUAAAGCUGCUUCAUGUUUGAAACUGUUGGGAAAAUAAAAUUGUAGCUUCUUAAUAAAGCA